CCUAUACAUGCUUGCCAUGCACUAGCCAAAAAUUAGAAACCACUAAUUUGAAGGCUUUUGAUUUUGCUGAAAGAAACGACAAUGCGUUCUUCUAAAACGACAAGUGCUAGUUCUAUGGUGCUGCCAAUUGUUUUGGCAGCACUACUACUGGUGCACAAAUCUAAUGCUCAAUUAAGUUCUACGUUCUAUGCUACAACAUGCUCUAAUGUUUCUGCCAUUGUUACUAGUGUUGUUCAACAAGCCCUUCAAUCCGAUCCCCGGAUCGGCGCCAGCCUCAUUCGCCUUCAUUUUCAUGAUUGCUUUGUCAAUGGAUGCGAUGCUUCACUUUUGCUAGACAAUAGUUCAACCAUACUGAGCGAGAAAUUUGCAGCUCCAAACGUUAACUCCGCUCGGGGUUUUGAUGUCGUUGACAAUAUCAAAACUGCCGUCGAAAAUUCUUGCCCUGGUGUUGUCUCUUGCGCUGAUAUUCUCGCACUCGCAGCUGAAGCUUCUGUUUCUCUUUCAGGAGGACAAUCGUGGAGUGUUCUGCUGGGAAGAAGAGAUAGUCUCACAGCAAAUCAGGCUGGAGCAAAUACAUCGAUUCCUUCUCCUUUUGAAGGUCUAAACAACAUUACUUCCAAAUUCUCUGCAGUGGGUCUGAACACUAAUGAUCUUGUGGCAUUAUCAGGAGCUCACACAUUUGGACGUGCUCAAUGUCGAACAUUCAGCAACAGGCUGUUCAAUUUCAGCGGCACAGGCAGCCCAGACCCAACAUUGAACGCAACUUACUUAACUACGCUGCAACAGUUAUGUCCACAGGGUGGCAGUGGAGCGACUCUGGCGAACCUUGAUCCGACGACGCCGGAUAAUUUUGACAAUAACUAUUUCACAAACCUGCAGAACAAUCAGGGGCUUCUGCAAUCUGAUCAGGAGCUGUUUUCGACGGCAGGGGCUGCGACGGUCUCCAUUGUUAACAGCUUUAGCAGUAGCCAAACUGCUUUCUUCCAGAGCUUUGCUCAGUCCAUGAUUAAUAUGGGAAACAUUAGUCCAUUAACUGGAACUAAUGGGGAGAUUAGAGCAGAUUGUAAGAAGGUGAAUGGAAGUUAGGCUGUGGGGUUGAUUGUCACAUCAUGACAAGUUCAGGGUCCUUUUUCUAAAUAAAAAAAAUCUGAGGUAUUUAAAAGAAGAUUAUAAGGAGAUGUUUUAUGAUUUUAAAGGGUGAAGUAGGACUAAGAUUUAGAUAUGGAGGUGCUGCCAAUGCAAUUUGUAAAAGUAUUGUGAAAGUUUGUAUUAGAUUUGUUUCGUAUUUAUUUAUUAAAGCCUUGUGGAUUAGUUCA